CAUGUCGGGAGACAGAGCAGUGUCAGUGUGUGACCAUGAGACUUUAACCUGGACUGCACUGCCUGCUGACCUCACCUGCAUGGAAGACAGGAGAUGCCACUCUGAUCCACCAGUCCAUGUUCACACAUCCAGUAAUUGGGAUAAAUCGGAGAGGAGCGAUGGAACAGUGUUGACUUAUACAUGUUUGUCAGGAUACAAGCCCACAGGGGAAACGAGUGCAGUGUCUACAUGUAAGAGUAAGGCAUGGACUAGUAUCCCUGACACCUUCAAGUGUGAAUAUAAUGGGUGUUCAGAGAACCCGCCACAGGUUUCAGACUAUGUUACUUUGACAUGGAACUCUGAACUUCAUGAAAACACCCAGGCCAUCUACAGCUGCAGUGAUGGCUAUAUGGCUGUGGGACUUAUAACUGAAGCAAAGCUUGUAUGCCAAAACAAGACAUGGGGCUCAGUACCAAGUGAUUUUAAGUGCGUCACGAAUGAUGGUUCUUACGUAGAUGAGAAAGAAAUCUUUUAUGAGAGUAGCUUCUUGUUGACAGUCACCAUCCCCUCAGUUGCAGGGCUCAUCUUCGCCAUCAUCUGCUGUUUGUGUUGUACUCGCACUGACUCCCCACUCUGCUGUAUUUGCAGUUCCAAGAGCAGACAGAGUGACUAUCCUUAGCACAAGUGAUCGUCAGGCAGGAGACUCUACUUGGCAUAGAGAUACAGCAAAGUAUCUGUCAACUGAAAACCUACCGUACAAAAUAAAUUAUUUUAGGGAAAAUUUUAACAUUCUAAAUACAGCUCCUCCCCGACUUACGACCUACUCGACUUACGUCCACCCGCACUUACGAUCUGCCUCAGUCGAACCAAAAUUUGGUCAAAUUACGUAUU